AUGUCGUAUAUCUGGCACCAGAACCACCGUUCGGAGACCACUUUGUCUUUGAUUAGUUUCGAUAUUGAACAAUUUGUUCGUUUCGAGGAGGAACAGGCUCCUAGAGGGGAUUAUCCCAACCGUUCCACUGAGCUGUCUUUGGAGUGUUUUGAACGCCGGGACGAUGGCUCAACACAGCAGUUACCGUCAGGUCUUACUGCGUGA